UCCAGUCCAGCGGGUGGCGCUAAACACAUUCGUUUGUUUGACAAACACCAUUACGUUUAGUUUCACGGGUUUGUUUUGUUGUGAUGCUAGCUUAAAACAAACUGUUAGAAAUGGUGUUUCAGUACAGUUUUUGAAUCAGGUCAGUGUAAUAUUCUCAUCCUCACAGUCGUGACUAAGUUUUGAAGCAGGAAUAUCUGGAGGAGUAUCAUCUGAACUGAGAUCUGCUGCUGUGAAGAUGAUGUUUGUUAAAGAAGAGAGUGAAGAGAACACGAGUGAACCAGAAACCUGGAGAAUAAAACACGAGGAAACAGAAACCUGGAGAAUAAAACAAGAGGAACCAGAAACUAUAAGAAUAAAACACGAGGGACCAGAAACCUGGAGAAUAAAACAGGAUCAAGGAGAGUUUAUUGAAGAAACUGAGGAGAACAAAGAAUUGAGUGAAGAUGAGGAGAAUCAUCAUGUCAAAACUGGAGAAAAUCCUUUGAGUUGCUCUCAAACCAAACGGAAAGAUUUAAAGAAAAAAGCCAAGAAAUCUUUCACCUGCACUCAGUGUGGAAACAGUUUUUCAAGAAAAAACUGUUUUGUGCUUCACAUGAGAAUUCAUACCGGAGAGAAACCAUACACAUGUGAUCAGUGUGGGAACAGUUUCGCACAAUCAGGAACCCUUAAGAAACACAUGAACACCCACACUGGAGAGAAACCGCACAAGUGUUCACACUGCGACAAGAGAUUCAGUCAGUCAGGAUACCUGAAAGCACAUGAGAGGAUUCACACUGGAGAGAAACCGUACACAUGUGAACAAUGCGGGAAGGGUUUUGUACUGAAAGGAAUCCUUAUGAAACAUUUGAAAUUUCAUUCAGGAGAUAAACUGUACAUAUGUAUUCAAUGUGGGAAGAGUUUCAUAUACAAAAGAAGUCUUUAUGUUCACAUGAGAGUUCAUACUGGUGAGAAACUGAACACUUGUGAUCAAUGUGGGAAGAGUUUCACACAAUCAUCAAGCCUUAAGAGACACAUGAACAACCACACUGGAGAGAAACUGUACUCGUGUGAUCAAUGUGGCAAAACAUUUUUGAGGGCUUCAGAUCUGAAGAAACACCUGACGGUUCAUUCAAAGGAGAAGCCACAUUCAUGUCAUCUGUGUGGAAAGAGCUUUUCACGUUUUUCAACUUUGAAAGAACAUCAGAAAACACACACUGGUGUGAGAGAGUACAUGUGCUUGUGUAAAAAGACUUUUACUACAGCGACCAGUUUAAAACUGCACCAGAGGAUCCACACUGGAGAGAAACCUUACAAGUGUUCAGACUGUGACAAAAGAUUCAGAGUGUCAUCAAGUCUGAAAACACAUGAGAGGAUUCACACUGGAGAGAAACCGUAUCACUGCACUGAAUGUGGGAAGUGUUUCAAUCGUUCAUCUUCUCUACACAGACAUACAAAAAACAAACACAGUUAGUAUUCAAGAUUCAGCUGAAAUUCUGAUCAAAUCAAAGAUGGAGUUCCUCACCAAAUAACUGUCAAAACAUUGCAUUAUUGUGCUUUCUUAUUUUACUUCACUGUUUUUCUUAAAUGACUAAUUAUUCUUCCACUUAAGAUGUAUUUAGAAAAUGCAGAUGUAAGGUAUACUGUCACGCAACUGAUCCUUCUGUGCUUCUCUUGUAGGAAGGGAUGGGUACCAGAAAAUGGUAUAUAUCAUAAUUGUGAGAAUAGUAAUACUGUUAAAAUCUUAACUAUACCCAGGGCUCGAGUUGAGGGGGGGUGGGGGGUGGCAUCCCCCUGAUUGAAUAAAAAAUUACAAAAAGCACCCCCUCAGUAAAACCACCAUCCCUCCUUACCAUCCCAUUAGAUUAAUAAUGUGUAUUACGUAAAAGAAAUGUUAAAAUACUCUUCUGAAAAAUCACAAACUAAAUAACGGCAGUGGGCCAAGCUGUAAGUACUGUAAGA